AGGGCCAGUCGAACAUGCUAAAAGAUAGAAUGACGCUCGCGUCGUUGCGAGCAUUAAGUGGAACACACCCAUAGAAGUAGAAUGGGCAUGCGGUUUUAUUGUUCUACCGGAAAUUGUACCUAACGAAUGUAGUUCAGAUAUAUUUUCUCAGAGAGCGCGUCGUAAAAUAUAUCUCAUGAAACCUUUACGAUAUGACCGCUAUUAAUGUAUCUCUGGUUUUAUACCGAUGGAAUUUGUCCAAUUGUUUACAAACUUUCGUUAUGCAAAUUGCUUCCGUGUAAUUACGUGUCAGUGUAAAUAUUUUACGUAAAAUUGACAAGGAUGGCAGUUACUAUUGAUUCUGUGAUAUAUUUGUGUCUUGUGGCAGUUUUGUGGGGUGUAACUAACCCAUUUAUCAAAAAAGGGGCCCAAGGUUUGGAGGAUAUCAAGGCCACAUCUGCUUACAGACAAUUUAUUAAGGAAAUUGUGUUCCUUGCAACAAGCUUAAAGUACAUGUUGCCUUUUCUUCUUAAUCAGUGCGGCUCAGUAUUGUAUUUCUUAACUCUGCAGAAUACUGAUAUAUCUCUGGCUGUGCCAGUUUCAAAUUCCCUUACUUUCAUAUUCACUGCGAUCACAGGCUGGUUCCUGGGUGAAGAAAAAGUACAUAGAAAUGCAUAUAUAGGAAUGAUACUUAUGCUAUGUGGGACAACAUUGUGUUGUUGGGACAAGCUGAAUACAACUGAAGUUAUGACUUGAAAUUAUGACAAUCAAGUGUACCUAGCUCUCUUUCUGUUGUACCUGUUCCUUCUAAUCACCUUCAUUCUAUACGUGCGUAUCCACAACCUGCCAAGUAAUAUAUCAAUGAAAAUGUCUUGAAUAAGAUGUAUACAUUUUACUUUAAACAUCUUAUUUGAGACAUCUCAAUUUUAAAAUAUAGUUUCAGUGAGGCUAAUUAA